AUGGCAGACCGCCCGAGGUUCUCGAAGACGCAGCUGGGCCAAUACUUGGACCGCAUCGCGGUGCCUGCGGAGCACCGACUAUAUGAUGUGUCUGGUAUUGCAGAUGGCGAUAAAUUCAAAUAUCUAUCGCUUCUCGAGAAGCAUCACCUGAUUCGGAUCCCGUUUGAGAAUCUCACGCUGCACUACUCGUGGCAUCGGGUCAUCGACGUGAGCCCUCGGCACUUGUUCAGCAAGGUUGUGGCGCACCCCAGCCGCGGAAGGGGUGGCUAUUGCAUGGAAGUCAACACUCUGUUCCAUACGCUGUUGUUGAGCCUGGGUUUUGACGUCUCCAUGGCCGGGGCUCGAGUCUACGAUCCCGGCAGGCAGAGGUAUGGGGGGUUCUCGCAUUGUGUCAACAUUGUCACGGUUGCCGGAGUCCAGUACAUGGUAGACGUGGCCUUUGGUGCAAACGGCCCUACGCGACCGGUUCCAAUGGAGCCGGGCCACGAGGGUGUCCACAUUGAGCCUGCCAGCGUGCGACUCGUCAACGAACCGAUCCCGCAGAAUCUGAACCAGCGCAGCAAAGUCUGGAUAUACCAGCACAGGAUCAACGAACAUGCCGACUGGGUGCCGAUGUACUGCUUUGUUGACUUGGAAUUCAUCCCUGAAGAUAUCCGAGCCAUGAACCUUUCGCCGUGGAAGAGUCCAACAUCAUUCUUCACCCAAAAGAUCAUUGUCACACGUUUCACGACAGCCGCGGAAGACAUCAGUAGCCCAAGUCCUGGUGUCCCGAACGAGGCAGCUGUACUUGACUGCGGAAUUGAUGGCGCCCUAAUCGUUGAUCAUGACAAAUUCAAAUGGCGAAGAAAUGGUGUCACGGUUCUGGAGCGAACAUUUGAUAGUGAUGAUGAAAGACUUGACUACCUGAGGCGAUACUUCGGCAUUGAGCUAGCAGACGAGGACGCGGAUGCCAUAGCAGGAACAGCAGGACAAAUUAGCAGGUGA